UUUCCAGUUAAUAAAGAUUCACGGCAGCCACGCACUUGCCGAUGAACCCAACGCCACCAGAAUCUAUAAAACACGGUUCCUCGAACCAAGACACUGAAGCAUAAGAUUGCAUGGCUAACCGUCGACGCCCCAACUCCUCCGGUUUCCAGCAGCAUACCUCUCAAUCCACGGCACCUGGUGGCUCCUCCGGUCGCCACCCAGUUUACCGUGGUAUCCGUUUGCGAGCUGGAAAAUGGGUUUCUGAAAUUCGUGAACCGAACCAGACCAAGCGCAUAUGGCUUGGCACGUAUGCCACACCGGAAAUGGCAGCAGCUGCUUACGACGUGGCUGCAUUGGCACUCAAAGGUACGAAUGCAGUUCUAAACUUUCCAGACUCUGUUAUUUCAAGUACACUUCCAGAGAAUCCAACUGCUGAUGACAUCCGUGCAGCAGCUGCGAGAGCAGCUGCCGCUCGAGCACCGGGAUAUGAAACUGGUGGUGGAAGCACGACGUCGGUGGGAGGUACAAAUACAGCCCCUCCUGGUGCAUAUAUGGACGAUGAACCCAAUCUGUGGUCUGACAUGGCGGAGGGAAUGCUGCUAAGUCCACCAAGGAUGGAUUCCAGUCCGCCACCUGAUGAUGGAACAGAUCAGUCCGGUGGAGGCAAUCUAUGGAAUUACUAAAAGCUAGCAAGCUAGCUAGCUAAUAAGUAACAACCGGUAUGCAUGCAAUAUGAAUCCUAAAUGUUUUCAGACAUCACUUUAUGUUGUUUUCGUGUGCCUUUUUUGUUCUUUUAAAUAAUUUCUAAUUAAAAGCUUCCGUACGCUGGCAACAAAAAGCCAUAAGGUGUGGGAGUAUUCUGGGUUAAUGUAACGCACAAGUAGUAACAUAUACGACCUAAUGGGCUGUGAGUGUGACUGUUAUCUUAUAAUAAACACCCGUUGAUUUGUAGUCUUUUUAUUAUUACCUUAACUUACAUUUUAUGGUUAGUUAAUCAUGAGAAGUUUUAGUAUGAUGGUUCACUUGUUUGACAUGAU